CACAGCAGGGCUGCACAGGGCAAGGUGCGGGAGUCCACAGCACCUGCAAACCGUGCCUCGACCAGGGCUCCCUGCUCUUGUCGUCCAGCCCACCCGGGAGAGGUGGCCUUCGGGGCAGCAGCAGAGAAGGGGUCGGCGGCCGUGAGGAGGGAGGCGGCGAGCGAGACUGGGACGGGGGGCGCGGCUGGCGGCGGUGCUGUCCAGGGGGAGGCGGGUGGAGGGAAGGCGCUGCCGCCGCCUCGCCUGCCGCGACACAGACGCCGGGAGCGGCCGAAGCGAGUGACUUCUUCUGACUUGAGCCUCUGGUGUGCUGUGAAAAAUCCACCACCAGAUCAUUUUGACUUUGGUUUUUUGCAACCAUCUACUAGUGACAGUCACAAAGGCUGUUGACCUACUGGUGAUAAAAUCUAUCGUGCGUGCUACUGAAGAAGGCUCUGAAGUCCCAGGCGCUGAGUGACUGCAUACUCUGAACUCUUGCUGCCAGGAUGGGCAAACAGAACAGCAAGCUGCGCCCGGAGGUCAUGCAGGACUUGCUAGAGAGCACGGACUUCACAGAGCAUGAAAUCCAGGAGUGGUAUAAGGGCUUCUUGAGAGACUGCCCCAGCGGACAUUUGUCAAUGGAGGAGUUUAAGAAAAUAUACGGGAACUUUUUCCCUUACGGGGAUGCUUCCAAAUUUGCAGAGCAUGUCUUCCGCACCUUCGAUGCCAAUGGAGAUGGGACAAUAGACUUUAGAGAAUUCAUCAUCGCCCUGAGCGUGACUUCGAGGGGGAAGCUGGAGCAGAAGCUGAAAUGGGCCUUCAGCAUGUAUGACCUGGAUGGAAAUGGCUACAUCAGUAAGGCCGAGAUGCUGGAGAUCGUGCAGGCAAUCUAUAAAAUGGUUUCCUCCGUAAUGAAAAUGCCUGAAGAUGAGUCAACCCCAGAGAAAAGGACAGAAAAGAUCUUCCGCCAGAUGGACACCAACAGAGACGGAAAACUUUCCCUGGAAGAGUUCAUCCGAGGAGCCAAAAGCGACCCGUCCAUAGUGCGCCUCCUGCAGUGCGACCCGAGCAGCGCCGGCCAGUUCUGAGCUGCGCCCCACCACUCCACGUGUAGAGCUGCUUGUGUCCCCCUUUGAUUUUUCUUUUUAACAGAUUUUUUUUUUUUUUUUUUGCCAAACAAUAUUGAUGGUGAUGCUGCCCCCUGUGCGGUCAGACGUGCUUCCCUCUGUGACGCCUUCAGCUUCUCUUGUCGUGGAUGCUUCGCAGGAAUGCCCAGAGCCCCAGUGUGCUUGUGGAGAGCAUGGACAGACUUUGCGGUGUUCAUUGUUUGACGAUUUGUAAUCGUUACUAUUAUUAUUUUCUUUCAAUUCUAAUGUCUCUCUUCUAAAACCUAAGACUCGGGGUGGGGUGGGAGGCUACAAGAGAAGGGAAACCCAUCUAGCCCAGUGAUUCCCCUGGAAGCUUUGAGGGGGCUUUUGUUUGGAAGAACAGAACACCCCACCUGGGCCUGCUGUUGCACACAUGCAGAGGGGCCGGGUGGGUGGCACCUGAGGCUGGAUUCCCCAAGAACAAGUCAGCCUCUGGGACUGGGACAUUCCUCCAGGGAGCCCAUUCCACCCUCCUCCCAGCAGGCUGUAGUUUCUAAGCUGUGAACAUUUCAAGGUAAAUUAAUAGAGGAGAGGAAAGAGAUGGCUCAGCUGUUUUUUCCCCCACAGGUUUACACUAGUUGAGCUGAUAUGAGUGUCUUUGGAAAUUAAAUACAGAGGGUAACAUAUUCCAAAACCAGACCCAUCUUACUGCCUAUUGUUAUUUACAAAAAAGAAAAAAAGACUGCUGUAUAUAAAAUAUUGGGUAUUGCAGACCAAAUUAAGUGUUUUUGCCUUGUUUAAAUGAAAUGCAUGUUUAGUGAGCACUAAUACAAUCUUAUUCCAGAGACUGUUUUAGUAGCUUAUUGUGAAGUAAGCCAAUUAUAAUGAAUGUCUAUGUCUUGUUUUAAAGUCAUAUCUGUCUUUGCACAAAUGUACCAAUCAACAAGUAUAUUUUAUGUAUUCCAUAAAAGUGCAGAAUGACCCUGCCCAGGGCUCGAUGUUAAUGUUGAAUGUCCUUCCAGAGUCGCAGCGCUGGGAGAGCAGAGGAAGAGCGGUGUGGCUAGGGCAUGUCAAAGAGGAGCUCCAGGAGGUCAGCAUUUACGGGAGGACUGAGGCAGGAGAUUUACUCACCUGGCCCAGCAGCUCAUUGGCAACAUGAAAUUGGAGGCCUGGGGCUUUUCUGAGCAGAUUGAAUAUUCUGCAGACUUAAAAAAGAUAGCAUGGAUGCUUGGGAAUUCCCAGUGGUUUAAUCCAUGUAUAUGGUUAGGGAGCCAUAUAUGGAACACUCACUUUUCCAGGUCCCCAGUGGCCCUUUCGAAGGCUCAGAGUUUGGUUUGAUCUAAUUCACUGUAAAGAAGAUAUGAACUAGUGAGUCUGUGGCUUCCAAGUCCCACUAUGGAGAACUCAAAAGUAUUUUGCUUGAAUGCAGAUUUCUAUUUCCAGAAGUGACAGCACAAAUUUGCUGUUUGGCCUGACCUCAUAGAUAUUACUUGGAAAUGAAGGUUAAGAGUAAAACUUGCCAGUCACAGGCAAGCCAUAUACUCUCACCAGCAGUUGGUAUGAUGGGCAACCUGCCCUGAGAGAAGGCAGAGACGUCCCAACUGCAUCUGUGGGCUCCUGUAGAAGCGGAGCAGAAAGAUAAACAUCACAACCAGGAGGGAAGUGUCACUGAGUCCUUUCUAACCUCCAGGAUCCUGUACAUGACCUCAGUUCAGUCUAGCUAGUAGCAAAAAUCCAAAUUUGCAUAGUGGACCAAAAUGAACCAAACUUUAAGAUGAAAUUCUGAGACCUGGACUUGGUAAUGUCAUCUUAGUUUUCCUCAUAGUGGUUCUAUACCAAGACUUGCCAAAUUCCUUCAUGGCCCAAGGGGUAAAAUAUUUUUUUGAAAAACAGGGAAUUAACCUAAGUCAUGGAGUGCAGAGGGGGCCCAGCACCCCCUAUGGGUGUGUUCAGGAGUUGCACCCCACUUUUUUCUGGGUUGCACUGAAGGCCUCUCUUCUCCCUUUAGUUCUCCUUUGAUGGGUGAAGUCAGUUAAUGAUCAGAGAAACCUGCCUGGGCCCUGCCCUUGGUCAUGACAUCUUGCUGAGCCAGACCCACUCUCUUCCCUAGAACCUAGAGCUGGGGUGAGGAGCACAGAGGAAGGUCUCCAGCUGUUCAGGAAAGAAAACAGAGCCAGACGCUUGGCUAAUGAAUGCCGAUGCUCCCAGGGCGUGCGGAAAUAGCCCUUGUCCUGCUGCUGACCCUGUCUGUGUCUUCUCAAGGGUUGUUUUUCUCCUUCUCCUCCUUCCCAGGCAGGCCCUUGUAUGUCUAAUUCAGGGCACUCAAGUUUGGCCCAGGGACUCCAUGACACCCAGGGGCAGAAUGCCUAAAAAAGUGUGGGUCACUCCUGUGCUGGGCUGCUCAUUGUCAUUUCUGUGUUCAGGGACCUCUGGAUAUGGCCUGUUCUGAACCAGAUAAAGCCAGCCUGUGAUGUCUAAGGGACUGGAAUAAAGUGGCUUACGACCUGAAGGA